GCCCGGGGCUCGUGCUCCCGCUCCCGCCCCGCGCUCGCGCCGCGGCCGUUAGCGGCGGCCGUUAGCAGCGGCCGUUAGCGGCGGUCGCCUGAGGGCCGGCGGCUGCCGCAGGAGGGCGGUGGCGGGGCGAAGGGGGGGAAGAACCGUGGAAGCCGGCUCCUGUGGCGCUGAAUAGCCCAGCCCCGCAGGGCAAACAAACCUUCGGCCGCGGGAAGAGGGAGAGGGAUGGAGCCUGCUCCGGCAGAGGCAGGCUGAAUUUUUUGUGAAUUUUUAUUUUUAUUUUUUCGAAUUUCGCCUUCGCUUCCCGUUUUUAACUAGAUGGGGGCUUGGGGAGCAAGCCGGGUGGCAGUUGCUCCAUCGCUCCUCCGUCUCUGAGCAUCAACCUUAGCUCUGCUGCUUGAGGAUUUUAUUAUUAUUAAUUGUUAUUAUUUCUGAAGGGACCUGCCCAAGCAGCUUGUACGUCCGACAGAAUGAAGCCUUCCUAUUUUUCAGUCAAUUAUACCUAAUACCGGGUUGUCACUAAAGUGCUGCCUCACUCAGAGGACCGCUACAGACUUUUCCUGCCGCGCUACAUGUAGCCGAACGUGUUACGGCGCAGCCUUUCUCCCCACACCCCCUGCAAAUCUUCCUAACAGAUCUAUUCCGAAAUGAAGAAAUUUAAUUUCCGCAAAGUUUUGGAUGGUCUGACCGCCUCCUCGCCCGGUGGAAGCGGCGGCGGUGGCGGUGGAAGCGGGGCUGGCGGCGGCUCCGUGCACCCGGCAGGGACUGCAGGGGCUGCGGGGACUCCCAGAGAUGAGGUCCAGGAGACGCUAACUUCAGAUUAUUUUCAAAUCUGUAAGACGGUUCGCCAUGGUUUUCCUUAUCUACCCACUGCCUUAGCUUUUGACCCAGUUCAGAAAAUUCUGGCAAUUGGAACGAGAACAGGAGCAAUACGAAUAUUGGGCAGGCCUGGUGUUGAUUGCUACUGCCAACAUGAAAGUGGUGCUGCAGUUCUGCAGCUCCAGUUCUUAAUCAAUGAGGGUGCUUUGGUCAGUGCAAGUGCAGAUGAUACACUUCAUUUGUGGAAUCUCAGGCAGAAACGACCAGCAAUCCUACAUUCUCUGAAAUUUAACAGAGAACGGAUUACUUACUGCCAUCUACCUUUCCAGAGUAAAUGGCUUUAUGUUGGAACAGAGAGGGGAAAUACACACAUUGUUAAUAUUGAGUCCUUCAUUCUCUCUGGAUAUGUCAUCAUGUGGAACAAGGCAAUAGAACUAUCCACAAAGACUCACCCUGGGCCAGUUGUACAUUUAAGUGACAGCCCAAGAGAUGAGGGAAAACUAUUGAUAGGCUAUGAAAAUGGGACUGUAGUACUCUGGGAUUUACGAUCUAAAAGAGCUGAUCUGAGAGCUUAUUAUGAUGAGGCUAUUCAUUCCGUUGCUUGGCACCAUGAAGGGAAACAGUUCAUGUGCAGUCACUCAGAUGGAAGUUUGACCCUGUGGAACCUGAAGAGUCCUAACAGACCAUUCCAGACCACAAUCCCACAUGGAAAAAUUCAGAGAGAUGGUAAAAAACCUGAAUCCUGUAAACCAAUUCUUAAAGUAGAGUACAAGACCUGUAAAAACAGUGAACCAUUUGUGAUAUUUUCCGGUGGAUUGUCAUAUGAUAAGGCUUGUCGAAGACCAAGUCUAACAAUUAUGCAUGGAAAAGCAAUUACAGUUCUUGAAAUGGAUCACCCUAUAGUUGAUUUUUUAACUCUCUGUGAAACCCCAUAUCCAAAUGAAUUUCAAGAACCCUAUGCUGUAGUUGUGCUUUUGGAAAAAGAUCUCAUUGUUGUUGACCUGACACAAAGCAAUUUUCCAAUCUUUGAAAAUCCAUAUCCUAUUGACAUUCAUGAGUCACCUGUCACCUGCACAGAAUAUUUUGCCGACUGUCCUCCAGAUUUGAUUCCUGUACUCUAUUCUGUAGGAGCAAAACAUAAAAAGCAAGGAUACAGCAAUAAGGAGUGGCCUAUCAGUGGUGGAGCAUGGAAUCUUGGAGCUCAGACAUAUCCCGAAAUCAUUAUUACAGGCCAUGCAGAUGGAUCAGUAAAGUUUUGGGAUGCUUCUGCCAUUACUCUACAGAUGUUGUACAAGUUAAAAACAUCAAAGGUCUUUGAAAAACAAAAGUUGGGAGAAGGAAAAGCAACAGCUGAGAUUGUAGAAGAAGACCCUUUUGCUGUUCAGAUGAUGUACUGGUGUCCUGAAAGCCGAAUUUUUUGUGUGGCAGGAGUUUCUGCAUAUGUGGUUGUUUAUAGAUUCAGCAAACAUGAAGUAAAUACAGAAAUUGCAUCACUAGAGGUACGACUUCAGUAUGAAGUAGAAGAUAUCAUUACUCCUGAACCAGAAAUAAUUCCCCAGUUUCCAGAUGCCUCUUCCCAGCUUCCUUCUCUAAAGAGUCUUUCAGGCAGUACCAACACUGUAGCAUGUGAAGGAAUGAUGAAAGACAGUAUCCCAUGUCUUAGCGUUAAGACUCGACCUGUGCGAAUGCCUCCUGGAUACCAAGCAGAUCUUGUUAUUCAGUUGGUGUGGGUGGAUGGUGAGCCUCCACAACAGAUUACCAGCCUUGCUGUAAACUCUGCUUAUGGACUAGUGGCAUUUGGAAACUGCAAUGGUUUGGCUGUUGUGGACUUUAUGCAGAAGACAGUACUGCUGAGCAUGGGAACCCUUGACCUAUAUGGAUCAAGUGAUCCAUACCAACGUCAACCCCGUUCACCUCGCAAAAGCAAGCAGUUUGCUGCAGACAACUUUUGCAUGCGUGGCCUGUCUAACUUUUAUCCAGAUUUAACGAAACGGAUCCGUACUUCCUAUCAGAGCCUGACUGAACUCAGUGACAGUCCAGUUUCCCUGGAGCUAGAGCGUUGCAAGUCUCCCACUUCAGAUCACGUGAAUGGUCACUGUACAAGUCCAACAUCCCAGAGCUGCAGUGCAGGAAAACGACUUUCCAGCGCGGACGUCUCAAAAGCAAACCGCCGAGGGCCUGGGAGGCCCCCCUUUAGAAAGGCGCAGUCUGCAGCCUGCAUGGAGAUUUCCCUCCCAGUCACCACAGAAGUAGGUUACAUUUCCAGACGGGCAAUGCUUCAGCAAUUACAUGGAAUCAGUACAUUCUCACACGACGAGCGUCACUAUACAGCUCACACAUGGAUGAACAAAGAAAACCGGGAAAACUCCUUCAGCCGUUCCCGAAGCUCCAGCGUGUCGAGCAUCGACAGGGACUCAAAGGAGGCAAUUACAGCUUUGUACUUCAUGGAGUCCUUUGCCCGAAAGAACGACUCUGCUGUCUCCCCAUGCCUCUGGGUUGGAACGGGCCUUGGUAUGGUCUUAAUCCUCUCCCUUAACCUGCCUGCCAGCGACGACCUACGGCAGUCAGAGCCGGUCAUGGUGUCGCCAAGUGGCACAGUUCUGACACUGAAAGGAGCCGUGCUGACCUUCGCAUGCUUGGACUGCGUGGGGACAUUGACACAUCCACCGUAUGAAGUAUGGAGGGACCCACACAGUGCUGAUGAUGGUGAAAAAACAAGAAAAAGGAAGCUUGUCAUGCAUUCCCCUUCCUCCUCCCAGGAUAUGGGUGAUCAUCAAUUUGCAGUCAUUUGUUCAGAAAAACAAGCCAAAGUCUUCUCAUUGCCUUCCCAAACAUGUCUUUAUGUCCACAACAUCACCGAAACGUCCUUUUUAUUGCGAGCAGAUGUGGUCACCCUCUGUAACAGCGUCUGUCUGGCGUGCUUUUGUGCCAAUGGGCACAUCAUGACACUGAGCUUACCCAGCCUUCGCCCACUGCUGGACAUCAACUAUUUGCCUGUAACAGAUAUGAGGAUAGCGCGGACCUUUUGUUUCACUAACGAAGGGCAGGCUUUGUACCUCAGCUCUCCCACUGAGAUCCAGCGCCUAACAUACAGCCAGGAGAUGUGUGACAACCUGCAGGACAUGCUUGGGGAUUUGUUUACUCCUGUGGAAACACCAGAAGCCCAAAACCGAGGCUUUCUCAAAGGACUUUUUGGAGGAAGUGGACAAGCUUUUGACAGAGAGGAACUUUUUGGUGAGGCCACAGCAGGAAAAGCCUCUCGCAGUCUUGCGCAGCACAUACCUGGAUCAGGAGGAAUUGAAGGUGUGAGAGGAGCUGCAGGAGGAGUUAUUGGGGACCUGACUCGUGCACGCAUUGCCCUUGAUGAGAGAGGACAGAAACUGGGAGAGCUGGAUGAAAGGACUGCGAGCAUGAUGGCCAGUGCAGAAGCCUUUUCCAAACAUGCACAUGAGGUGAUGCUGAAAUACAAGGACAAAAAAUGGUACCAGUUUUAAACUUUUAAAGAAUCUGCUUGUGGCUUUAUUAAGAACACUGUUUCAGGGAAGCAAUGUUCAUUCCCAAAUCUACCAGUCACGGGUCAGAAGCAAUUUUUCUCCUAGAAGAUGUUUUCCUCUUACAAUAUUGGAUUCAUCACAGUGAGACUCAAGGAGAAAUUUUUUAGGCCAUGAGAUGGAAGCUAGAGUCAUGUAGGUCUUACUCCAACACCUGGCUUAUGCAGUAGCCAAUUUUUUCCAAAAGGAACUCAACCAUCACUGUGGCAUGUAUUUUUCAGAAGCUGUAGGUAUGAACUGUGGGGAGUGUGUCUGGUUAAAAAUAUUCUGUACAAACUCGAAUGUUAAUGCACUUAUAAAACUUUGCAUGACUAAUUGACAUCUAAAAAAAAAAAAAAAAGAAAAGAAAAAAGAAAAAGAAAGCAUGUUGUGACCGAAGAAAAGUGGGAUUAAUUUCUAUUGAGAAAAAAAAAUACUUAAAUGGCAAAAAUCUUUAUUUUUUAAAAUGAGACUACAAAAUGUCAGUACAUUUCAAGCAUGUUUGCUACUGUUCUCAACAUAAAAAUGCGUUGAGCUGUGUUUUCUUAUAUGCUAUUUAUUUCCCUUGAAAAACCUUGCUCGAAAUCAGUGCUGUUUAACUCCUACCAGAAGAAUAAAUAACUUCAAAACCUAUGCCCAAACUUUACAGAUUUUUCAAGUAGCUAGACAGGCACUAUCUGAAAUGUCAUUAAAACAUGAGGGUAGAUGGUUUAUUUGCAAUUCAGAGUACAUGACAUGUCAUCCUUAUCUGUACUUUUAAAAACGUGCUCUAGAUUUCUAUCACUUGUCCUUGGAGGGGGCUAUGGCAUUUUUCAUUCCCAUAUUUUCAGUAUCACUUGGUGGCCUUAUUUCGUUGUAGCAGGAAUAGAAAACAAGCUGAGGAAAUCUUGAAGUUAGGGAAGGCAUGAUGGGAAACCACAGUGCUACAGCUUGGAGAGUCCCAUCAAUUUCCACUCGCAAAAGCUGCUUAGCAGCUUGCAAAACAGUGAUUUUUUUUUCUCUUAAGUGUUUCGUUGAAAUUAUGCUAAGGAAACUGUAGACCCCAACAAGCUAGUAGAGAGAGCACACAGCAGCAAGAGUAAAAGAUGAGCCAGGGAGGAGCAUGAAAAACAACUGUCAACAUAUGGCACUGAAUUGGUACAUAGAGCAAAUGACACCACAGGUGUGCAGCAAUUGAUUUUCUACUUACGCUGCUAAAAGUAACCUGCUUCUGCUUCAAAGUGGCUUGUUUGGUUUCUACAGAGAACUCAGCAGAACACUCUUCAGCUUGUAGAGACAGAAGAAAACAGUAAGUAAAACCUAUCACCUAUUUACAUGAAUGGAUUCCUAGUCCAUAGGAAUAUGCUGCAGUUACAGUAGCCUACAAGAACCUCACUACCAAUCGGGUGAACUGUUAAGUUUGAAAUUUUUCCAACACUGGCUUGGAAACAAGGCACUGAAGACUUGUUUUCAUGUACCUGGACAUAGCUUCAAAUUAGAAAAGGAAAGUGAGGAAAAGGAAGAAAAGCAACUUUUAUUUUUUUUCUAUAUGAGAAGAGGUACAGAUGAUGUCCUUUCAAGGAGUCCUGAGUGGCAUUGAUGCAGACAGACAGACAUCAUCCCCUCGUAACUAGGUCUUAACCUCACCGGUGUUCAGAUGAUCUCUCUCAAGGAUGCCCUUCCCCAAUCUUUUGUUUUCUUAAAAUGGAGCCCAGGAAAUUGUACAGUGUGGAAGUCUAGCUUCACUAUCAACACAGCUGUUCAAGUUAAAGGGAUGGAACAGAUCUGAGAUGUAAAGUUUUAAAUUCAUAUUGUAGCAUAACAGGCAUUCUAUGCUUUACAGGAUUUUUAUGUUUCUCUGUGGGCAAAAUCAAAGCGAGAACCCUGACUGGUCUAGCUCAAUUGGGAAUAAGACACAACAAGUUCUCUGUCACAGGAAAAAAUGAACUAUAGUUGUGAGAACUGUAGAAACUUGCUGGGAAAAAGGUCAAAGCCCGAGCAAUGCCUGGGUUUCUGCUGAGAGUUAAGGAAUUGAAGUCGUCCAUGAGCCAAGACGAGGUCUGUGCGUUUGUGUGCAAGGAAACAGCAAACUCACCACUCUGAUGCCAAUAUGAACUGGGUCAGAGAACUCCUUCCAGGGGCCAGAUCACAGAUCUGGUCACUUGCAUAUGAGGAAGUAUCACUGUAACCAGGCAUCUAGACUGAUAGAUAAACGACAACAAUAUUAGAGCCUAUAUCUUCUGUUUAAAUGUAUAUUCAUUCUGCCUGUGCUCUGGCCUGUAUCCCCAAACCACUAGUCUCUAGGCAACAAAAUCAUUUUGUGCAGCAGACCAUUUAAACCCUCCAACUAACAUUAUAGGCCUUAUUCUUCCUACCUUUUUUUCUUUUACAGAGAAGCUAGGUAGUCUUCAUUAGUGUCAAGAUACCAACCAGAACUGGUUUUCUACCCAGCCCUACUCUUGUUUAUGCACUAAGACAGUGCAAAAUGAGAAGACCAUUAACGCUGAAGUGUGGCACCUGUAUACCCAUAGGCUACAGGGCCAGUUUCCACUAUGAAUUGGCGUAACGUAGUCAGCCUUUAAUAAAUCAGCCCAGAUGAGUGCCAGCGCACUGGGGUCAGGCAGCAGCAGGCAUACUCUGGCAAGGUAGGCAGCAGUUCUGCAUAAGCUUGCCGUACGCUGUACCUUGUGUAGGUGAACAUCGCAAACCUUGACUGCAGUGGAACCGUCUCUUCUGGCUGGAGCUGAAGCCUGCUCCUGGUUUGAGAAUCAAGUGUCAACAUUUAAGAACGACUUUUAAUUGCUAAUCGCCAUAGCGAGCCCGGGGAGAAAAGUGUCUUCAACAAGUCAUUUACACUCUGUCCGACUUACCUUGGAAGCUGCCAGUCUCUGUCUUAACGGGGGGAAAAAAAACUUCCAGUAGAUUUCCAUUUUAUGCAACAGAAAAAUUAGAAUUUAGCAUCCCUCAAACUUAAAAACAUGAAUAAGAAAUUGCAAAGCAAUUUUUCUCUAGUACUCCCCCUUAGGUCACAGCUGUAUCUUGCUUUCCACUCUUACAUAUUUCCAGACAGUUACAAACUGCUAUUUCUGUUAAGUUGACCACUUGUGGCUAAAAUUAUCAAUUUUCUGGUAGUCUGUAGAGAUCUAAAAAGUUGUAUAUGUUUGUAUAUAGAACAUUCUAUAUAUAAAAAUAUAUAUAUGUAAUGUAUAUGUUGUAUAAGUUUGUUAGUGCACACUGUUAAAUGCUUUCUAUCAAGAUUUACCAUGUAUGUGGAAAAAAAAAAACCUUCACUUAAAAACUUCAAUGAGGGAGGAAAAAUUCUUGCCUGACUGAUUUAUUGUGAAAUGAGGGGGAGUGUGGGAUUUUUGAAAGGCCUGACCUGAACACUAUUAAAGGCUAUUAAUGAAAGUACUAAAGUCACAGCAUUCAGAGCAACGAGCACAGCAUCUGAACUGCUGUAAGAAAAUUAAGGACACUAGCUGUCACUGUAUGUUGAAAUCAUGUGCUUUCACCUUUUCCACUAAGACAGCACCACCUCAAGCAAAUCCUCAACCUGCAGAUAAUCUUCAAUAUCAUAUUCCUCGGUUACAAUAGACCAGAUUGCCUAGAAAUAUUUGUUCAAUUUAAAACACGUUUUUUUUCUGUUGUUCGGUUGGAUACCUUUUUCACUCACAUUCUUCUUUGCAGAAGUUCUCUGUCACAACCACAUCCCAAAACGUGAUGCACAGAACUUGCAACAGCACACGCAUACAUCUGGGUUUGACCAGAUGUGGUAACACUUAUGCACAGAGCUGUAGAUAGACAGAGCAUGCAGAGAAAAUACAUUAAAUUAUGUAUAUGUUUUCAGAGUAGGCGAGUCUUCAAUGAAGUACAAGCUAUUUUAUUAAAAAACAAAUCCAUUCAUAGAGUGUUAACUUAAGCUUCAGAUAUUGAAUUAAAAGACAAGCUACAGGAGAAUUUGAGAUUCAGGUUUUGUUUUCUACAGUCACCUGUUUUUUAAAUGAUUUAAUUUUUUUUAAAAAAACAGUUCUACAGGUCCACUAUUUACAUCAAUUGGACGUUCCCUGCAUUACCAGAAUAGCUUCCUACAUGAAUAUUUAGCAGAAAUACUCUAUUUAUUACGCAUAUUGUAUAAAAUUAUCACAUAGAGAAGUUCUCUAAAACAUAUUCCUUUUAUGGAAGCCAUUUUACACCAAAAUGUAUUAUAAUGGAGAUAUGCAUUCAAAAAUAUUUUUUUCAGUAUACAAUUUAAAAAGUGAAGAAAAUAGUGCAGCUUAAGUAAAAGCUGCGUUCAACCUCAGGACUCCUCCAUUUAUAAGAUGUGUGUAUUGUAACAGAGGCAAAAAGCCAGAUUUCAUUUAAUUCCACCCCUUAAAUACCCUGGCACCUGUACAUCAUUUUUCAUAACCUAAAGGUGAACUCAAGCACAGUAUAAUUCAGUCUUGAAUGUUUUUUUGCCUUGGUAUGGUCUUAGUAAGAACACACUCUCUCUCAUUAAGGAACUACAUGUGGCCAUCUGUAGUCAACUCUUCAUCUAGGUGUAUAAGCAAUAGUCAUGUAAAUGAGUGUUUCCAUUCAUGUGUUUUGUUUUGUGAUUAAAUCAACAAAUCAAACAUUGUACUUUUUUUAAAUAGCAACCAAUACUCAGAUUCAGUGUCAAGGAAACGUGGACAGAGUAUGCGUGGGUUUGUUAACAAGUCAUUACCUGUAUUUCACAACGAAGGCAGAUCUGGGGUGAACCACACACUCCUGUGCUAACCCUUUCCUGUUUCCACAGGUAUCCUAAGACAGCGCCACAAAAGGAAAACUAAGGCAUCUUUAACUGAAGCUGUUUGAAGUUCCCAAUUUAAAAAUUAAAAAAAAAUGAGAAAAAAAAAGAGGGAAAGAAAAUAAA